AGUCGAGCGGGGCGCGGUCGCCGUCACGGAGCGGAGUUGGCGCUUGUCAUCCGGCCGCCAUUAUCUCGUAUUUGAACGGAUUCGUAAAAUCAAUUAUAAUUCGCGCUGUCGUUACGUGUUUAUAGCGGAGGGUGCGGUAUAGAUUUGAGAAAUUUACUGAAGUGUGGCUGUUUCCUUUUCAAAAGUGCGUUAUCCAUACGUGGGAACAGUGAAAAGUGCUAACAGUUAGGUUACUGUGUUGGGUGCUAUCGUUGUGUAGGGUGGCUCCGGUUGGUCCGGAGCGGCAGGACGCGUGUGGAGCGCAUGCAGAGGGAGCGGUGAAAACGCGCCCGGCUGGGGAGUCGGCGCGGCCGGCAGCCAAGGCACUGGGACAACAGCCGCCAUGGGUUGCGCCCAGUCGGCGGAGGAGCGCGCGGCGAUCGCCCGUAGCCGUCAGAUCGAGAGGAACCUGAAAGAGGAUGGCAUUCAGGCUUCCAAAGAUAUCAAGUUAUUGCUACUAGGUGCUGGAGAGUCGGGCAAGAGUACUAUAGUUAAACAAAUGAAAAUUAUCCACGAAAGUGGGUUCACGAAUGAAGACUUCAAACAGUACCGGCCCGUGGUGUACAGCAACACAAUCCAGUCGCUGGUCGCCAUCUUGCGCGCCAUGCCCAACCUUGGCAUCACCUACGGCAAUAAGGAUCGAGAGAGCGACGGCAAGAUGGUAUUCGACGUGAUCCAGCGGAUGGAGGACACGGAGCCGUUCAGCGAGGAACUGCUGGCCGCGAUGAAGAGGCUUUGGGCGGACGCUGGCGUCCAGGAGUGCUUCGGCCGCUCCAACGAGUACCAGCUCAAUGAUUCAGCCAAAUAUUUCCUCGAUGACCUGGACCGGUUAGGAGCCAGAGAUUACCAGCCCACCGAACAAGAUAUUUUAAGAACAAGAGUCAAAACUACUGGCAUAGUCGAAGUGCACUUCUCCUUCAAAAACCUUAAUUUCAAAUUGUUCGACGUAGGCGGACAGCGGUCCGAAAGAAAGAAAUGGAUUCACUGUUUCGAGGAUGUGACCGCGAUCAUAUUCUGCGUGGCCAUGUCGGAGUACGACCAGGUGCUGCACGAAGACGAGACAACGAACCGCAUGCAGGAAAGUCUGAAGCUGUUCGACUCUAUCUGCAACAACAAGUGGUUCACCGACACCAGCAUCAUAUUGUUCCUCAACAAGAAGGAUCUCUUCGAGGAGAAGAUCCGCAAGUCACCGCUUACCAUCUGUUUUCCGGAGUACACGGGCGCGCAAGAAUACGGUGAAGCGGCCGCGUACAUCCAAGCGCAGUUCGAAGCUAAGAACAAGUCCACCACUAAAGAGAUAUACUGCCACAUGACGUGCGCCACAGACACCAACAACAUCCAGUUCGUGUUCGACGCCGUCACCGACGUCAUCAUCGCCAACAACCUGCGCGGCUGCGGACUCUACUAGACACGACACACUGGCGCGAGGGCUACUCAGCGAUCAGACACGGCCGUAUUGUUUCGCGAGAUGUUAUGUCAAGUAAUGUUGGAGUUGGGUUAUUCGUGACAGAUUAUGGUGUCAGAUGUUGUUAGAAAUGGUUUCAAUGAUGGCAUGUUUUGUCCCAUUUAACACUCUUAGUAUUGAUUUAUCUUCAGUGAUUUUGUUUGUCUGAAGAUUGAAACAGUAGUAUUUCAGUGAUGGCAUGUCUCUGGUGAGUCUGAUAGUGAUUUUGUCUGCUUGAAAGUGACCUAAAGUUUAUAUAUUAAAUUUUUAUAAUAAUUGUGUGGCUUAAAAUUUAUCAGCAAGAUGGGACGGGACAAUCGUUGAAUUCAUUUCUUUACAGUUUAUGGACGCAAUAAACUGCCAUUAUUAAUCUAAUUUGGUUCCGGACAUGGUAUAGUUAUGGUCACACAAACAAAAUUGUGGAUUUUAGCAUAAUCUAAAUAUAAAAGAAUCAAAAUCAGAAUAUUAAAAUUUGGCAGUUCUUCUGUCUACAUUGAUGGAAAUAUAUUUAUGGUCAAGUUUAAUGUGUGAACUGUGUAAAUACCAUGUCCCCAUUCGAGACUAGCCGCAGAUUUGCAGCUGUGCGAUCGCGAAGUAGUGCCGCCGCCCUGGUGACGUGACGCGCGCCAACUGCCGGCGCUUUACCUCUACCGACGCCGUCGACAUCACCCCUCUGAUUCAGCAUAUCAGUGACGCUGGAGUUGUGCAUACAUUUGGAGUUCGUCAAUCUAUAUAAUUAUCUAAAAAGUUAGCCAAGCGCCGUUUGAACCGCGAUAAUCGUUCAUAAUUGGCUUAAGCUAUAGUUGUACUAAUUGAACACCAGAAUACCACAUUAGUUUUGAAUAAGAUUAUGAUAGUAUAUUGAUACGCGAACACAAUGUAUCCGCGGCUUGCAGGGUGGCGCGCUUCGCAGCUCGUGUUAUUAUAUUUUUACGGAAAAUAAGCUUACUGAACAAUCUGGAAACGAUGCUCGCACAUCGUCUGUUAGCACCGAGAAGAUCUACCAAUAUUCUACUGAAUGCCGGAGUGGAGAGGCGUUUCAUUUUAAUAGAAUAUUAUUUCUUUUAAACGUGUAGAACUCGGGCAUUCCAGCUUAUUUGAAUUUAGAAACUUUCUGCUAUAAUUGUUAUUACGUUGGCAACACUUAGGUACUGUUUUCGAAACGUCUUUCCAUUCGGAAGUUUUCGGCAGUUUAUGGAGUUGCUUCUUGGUUGGCUCCGACCGACGCGCAGACGAUUAACUCCGAACUCCUUGUUAGCGUUUUGUUUUCCCUGUAAUAUAAACCGUUUCAAUUUGUUUGGCGUAUCGUCGCUGCGACCUCGAAUCGUUCUGAUAUCUAGUGUUCAAUUCAAAAUUUUGGUGCUAGACAUUGGAAUAGCGUUUUGUUUAACGUUCGGUGGUUAGUGUCGGCCGGCGGGCGGUCGGAGCGCAACAUUGAUUUGUACGCGUAAUGCUAGAUAGAAAUAAGCCCCAUUUCGCAUAAUGUCAGAUGCGUCAUGAAUUUCUAUGUUUGCUUUCUCUAUCUCUAAAGUACCUUUGUUAAGUAAAUCUGUAAUAAUAAAAAAAUAUCACACAAGUUGUAAAUAAGAUCAAGGUUUUCUAACUCAAGCGAUUUCUUAAAAUGUUUGGGGUAUCGUGGCAUUUCUCGUAUUGUACCUGACAUUUUCUACAUUUUAAUAUUAGAAUGCCUUGGUGUCGUGGCCGCUAUUUGCGCAUCUGGCAUUGCGUGUGCGAAUCGCAACAAUCUGCUUAUAUACUCACUCUCUUACGGACCAAUCACAGAAGGAACCAAUAUUUAGCACUGAAACACGGUAGUGAGACGCAUGAAUUCACAGGCCUACUUUAACGGAUACAAAAUGUCAUUCCAUUAUUAAGUAUUAAUCGCUUACGAUGAUAAAUUAUUUUUAUAAACUUUUGAAAGCACAGUAACCGCUCGCAUUAAGAUAGCAUUUAUUUUACAUACCUUGAAUGAUUUAAUCUAAGCGCUGUCAUCAUCUAAAUAAAAUCACUAUUUUAAUUUAAGCAUUUGUAUCGCACAAAUUAUUUACUCCUGUAAGCAUUGAUUAGUUAUGCCAUAUACAAUCUUAAAUAUUUUUUGUGUUCAUAUUUUUUCUAUAUCACUUUACAGUAACCUUAAGGUGUAGCCAUUUAAGAUCUAUUCUUAUAUCCAACUAUUAAAAUCAUGUUAGGUAUUUAUUUUAUCUAGCAUACUUGUAUUAAAGGUGGUAAAAUGUAAACUGUCAUGUUUAAUUUUAUAUUUAAGUGAGUAACCAAUAUUUACGGUCAUCAUUUUGUUUGGUGGUUUGGAGCAGUAAGGUGAGGAGGAGACGGAGACGAGCUAGUGACGUGUCAUGUAUAGCUAAGUUCUGUUCGCAUCGCGUGUAAGAUUUGUGAGUAUAUAAACUUGGUGAACACUCGCGAAUUGGCGUAAUCAACACUAUACAUAUAUACUAUAUAACAUAAUUUAUUAUUAAUAAUAAAAUAAAAAUCUUACUUUUAAGCAUUAGGACAGUAACUGUAUCAAUAAACAUUAAUUAAUAAUGCAAUUAGACAGUAACCUUUACUAUUGUCAUAGAUAGGUGAUUUAUUUUCAUUUUACGUUUAUGAGUAUGUAAAAAGUGAUUAAAUGAAAAUGUAACACCUACACUGUGAGCGAGCGGGCCAUUCGUCAGGGCGAGCGAUCGCGGCUGGAAACCAAAGAUUACAUUGACUCGGCGGCUAUUUGUUGAGGCAUCUGAGGUCUACGAGCCACGAACUCGUUGCUCUUCAAGGCUAUCCAGCCUCAAAUUAAGCCCUAUGAUCGGCAACGCACUAAACGUGCACCAAAGUUAGUGCCCUGGAUGUGUAGUGCCCCACAGUCGGUCAAGCAGCUUGCUCUAUGCCUCGCACGCUGGGGAUGGCCCGCGACCGAGCGACUCCGCUCGCUUGUUGCUAGGUAGGUUUUUUUACUGUUAUGUAACGAUAUGUGUACGUAAAACUAAUAAAAAUAAUAUUAGCGCAGUUCUACAUUCAACCCAAAACCUAAAUUUAAGUAAGCUUCACAUAACAUUAAAGUUUUUAAAGAGUGAAUGGUGGAUGUGAGUACAUAUUGUCUUCGCUGUCGGUAAGGCCUCAUUCGUAUGUUAGUCCGUGUUUGAGGAGGGAUCGCGGGCGGCCGGCGAUUUGUGUCUCAUCGCUUUCAAGCUGAAUCAACAGAACGUGCGUGAUGCUGUACUGUACGGCACUCUCUGAUUCAUGACAAUGGUAAAAAGUGAAAGAGGCCGUUCUGUUCCCCCGUGUCCGCAUUGAAAGUGUAGAACAGAAGUUGAAUAAGUUUAGGUUGAACCUACAUGUAAAAUUAUGUAUUGGAUGAUCGGUACGCUAUAUCAUCAGCUACAUAGCUGUUGUUCAAGGAUCUGGUUCAACUCAUGAUUUGAGACUUCGCAUUUCGAUGUGUUCCUCUGCCGCUAAACAUUAAACUAUGUAUGCUUUAAUAUUUCGAGUGAAUGUGAUGUAAAUUUUGUACACUGCCGCAUUGUUUAUUCGCUCGAAUCACAUUUAGUUUUUAAGAUUUGAGACGAUCCACACACACAACUCGUUUGUACGCAUAACGAACGCACAAAAUGGUUUUUCAGUCGGUCGGCAUGUCCGACCUGUACGCAACUUGUCUCCAAGCUCAAAGGACCUUCGGCCGAGCGUUCCGUCGCCUGUGCGCGACGGCUUCUUUUUUGAAGACUGAAUUGUUGCGGCUCAAAUUUUCUCGCGCUUUAUUAGAUUCACGACGGGAGGUUAUUGCAGAGAUUUUUAGGGAUGUAGUUAAUUGUAUAUGAUGUGGCGUGAUUAGAGGAUUGCCCGAAACAUCUAUAAAUUAGCGAAUGAGCAACGUUCAGUUGUGAUGCUAAUGCUAAAUAUGUUGUCGGUUCGAACUGUCAAGUUAAUUGGGUUGGUUUCUCUGGAGAUCAGGCCGUGUUUACUAUGGUGGCGUUCUACAAAUCCGUUGUGGGGGAAAGACCCCUUAUUGACAGGUCCUCCGUCAAAAAAUUGAUACCAUAUAAAAGGUCACACCUACAGAAAAGUUUUCAUGUAUUUUAAUAAACUUGCUAAGCCAUUGUAAUCAUACAAUUUGAUGUGAAUAAUGGAACUACUUCAUGUUUAAAAAGAGUAAAUUAAAAAAUAUGUGUUUAAUAAAGCAGAACUCUGGAGAUCAUCCUAUUAUGGUGACAUCGUAUUCUGCUAUAUUUAUGUAAUCAUUUAAUCGGAGUUCUACGCUUUCUAUAUCCUCAGCUAAUUUCGAGUUGUACAUCGUAUUAAGAUGAUUAGAUCGGUUACACGAGUAAGAUGUGUGAUUGAAUUAUUUUUUAAAACAAUAUCACUAUGCUUCAUUCAUAUUUGCCAAAGUUAAUACUAACCUCACUAUUUAUACUGUAUGUUCUUUGAUAACUAAAUUAUGUCUGAGAUUCUCAGUAAGGGCGAGGCGCAGCGUUCGCUUCGCCGGCGGCGCGGCUCCUAAGCCGUUUUAUAGUGGUAUUGGUACUGAUCAGAGUACAAUGUUGAAAAAUAUCUUAUUUAGAAUUGAUGACAUGUAAACAUUUAUUUCUAGCGUGUGCGUGAGAUCGCUCGGCGGACGACGUCGGUGUGGGCUUGAUCUUCCACGUGGAUGACACCAACUUAUCUGCUCUAGCCGAGACCAUGUCGCGCCGAGCGGUCUCGACUAUUGAACAAAUGUUUAAGAAAGUAAAAUUUUUAGUCACUAGUGGGUAAUUUUUGAAUGUGAUUCAAUCUUAUCUUUAUUUUUCUAUAUCGAGUGACAUCUUUGGAUUUUGUUUCUUUACGUUCCGACUUAUUAUUUUUUAAAGCAUUUACUGAAAGCGAUGUAUUUAACCAACGAUGUAAUUAAACAAUAUUUUCUCUUUUUGUAUCUCGUCUGCACUGGUAUUUUUUAUUGAAUUUACUAUAAAUGUACUUUUAAGUGUAUAAUUUUAAAUAAUUACUGAAAAUGAUUAUAUUCUAAUUUUUAUGUUCAAAUAA